ACACUCACACUUCUCCGAUGCCACAGUCUGCCCAGUUGUGGAUGCUUUACUGGAUGCGAGGAGGACUAUACACAACGUGUUCAUGUGUUAGACACUUAUUUCAGUGCAGAUCCUUUUCUGUACACACAUCUUUUGGAGGGGGAAAGUUGGAAAGUUUUCUUCUAUGUCUAAUUAAGGGAGUUUUUGUUCUAAACAAAAAUCAUGUUCACAUCCUACAUAAAGAAUCUGAAUGAUUUGGUAUUUUCUACGUCUGAGGACCCUGAGGAGCAGCAGAGCACCGGGGUCUUGGGUCGUAUCGGGAGCUGGCUUUCUCCAUGGAGGGGAAAGAGUCCAAAGAGUCCCACUGAUAGUGCCUCACUAACUGGUGAUCAGGCUCUUAGAUCAGAGAGAGAAGAAGAGAGCGAGGAGCCUGUGAGACCCCGGGCAAGGACACAACAGUGGGAGGAGAAGGGCCAGAGCUCCAAUCCAGAUCCACUCUUUUUCCCCAAAGACAUUUUUCCCUGUGAAGAGGGGGACGCCAGGCAGUCUGCCCACAGAGUCGGCUCUGCUGUGAGCAGCACUGAGAGAGCAGAGGGAGGUCCAAAAAAGGAGGAGUUUGCGGAGAGCAGGAAGAAGAGAGCAGGGCAGGGCAAGGAGAGGGAGGAGAGCAGCAACGGUACUUCAGCGAGCGGGAAUCCUGAAAAGAAUGCCAGCCAUCUGACACAUCUCUCUUCGUCUGCUGAGCAGGGAGUGGUGUGGGACUCUGACCGGGCCCACACCCUGCCUCAGGCCCCAAGACGAGCACAGGCACAGGCACAGGCAGGCGGGAAGCUCCAUGUGUACCUGGAGGAGACCAGCGUGACUCAACGUGGCCAAGACACCUGUGCUGGACAGGAAGUUAAAAUCACAAAAAAGAACUUAAAGGUCCUCCCCAAAGCAAAGUCAUCCCCAAGUUUUGAUUUGAGCUCAAUUUCAAUAAGCGCAGAGAACAAAAGGACAAAUGUUAGGCCGGCUAUUGGGGCGCAGAGUUAUUACAGUGCCCUCGUGGGAGUGUCACUGAAAUCACGCAAAGACUCACAGUCAUCGCCUGAACCUGUAGAACAAACAGACACCGACAGCAUGGGGCGUAAAAACGCAGCCAGGAGGAGAAUCAGGAAGAACUCUCAGGGAGAUGGAGGCAACAGCCCGCAGGAAAAAAUGCCUCCCAACACCCAACAUGCCCCAGAGGGAAUCCCUACAUCAGAUAACUCCGUGACCAGUCCUCAGGGCAAAAGUCCAAAGACACACAUGGGAGAGUCGUCUGCAAACUCCUCCUCCAAGCACCACCCCACCUCUCAGGCUUCACCUGAGGGAGCGGAGAGUAAGACUUCCUGCUCCAAGUCAGUCAAGCAGUUGGACAGAGUCCAGGACUCAAAGUCAGUCACUGCAGCCGGUCUGGCGUGUGUGGUUGAUGGGGGCGCAGCAAUGGAGGACGACGACAGCCUUUACAAAGUUGAGAGGAAGACAGAGACGCCAGAGUCCAAACGCAGGAGUAUCAAAGUUUCUCGAAGUGAGGUGAAGCUGUUUACAAAGAAUGUGCCUCUGAAACCAAAGCAAAGUCCAGCGGGUGAGACCCAGGAAUUUAAGUCAACGCUGAGGAAUAACAAAGAUGAAGCGAAGGAUAAGCCCGAAACAGAGACUGAUGCAAGACUGCACCAACUGAAGAAAACUGACGAGGAGCCUAAGCCAGGCGUUGGCUGCAUUGCAGAUAAAAUCAGCCUCUUUGAGCGCUCGACAGCAAGGGUCAACAAGCAGACCUUUCCAGCCCCGAGGAGCGCGGACGUCUCUCCUGUCAGGAAUGCCACGGAUAGGCUGAAAGAAAAUUUGUUUCUGUCAGAGCAGAGGUCAAGAUCGGCUGAACGUUACAGCCCCGCCAGGUCCAGCUCUGCUUCGCCUGUCAGGGAGAAGCUGAUGACGAUCAAAGAGCGAGCACAGAACUUCGCAGAGGCGUCUGAAACGGCGCCUCAAAAGCCAGCCUUGAUAGGGAUAUCUCAAAAAUCCACCUCGUCUGUUGCGGUGGCUGCAAUGAAGUCACCAGAACUGGACAGUCAGGGUAGACCGGAUACUAAAGUGCAAAUACAAGCAAAAGCAAAGUCAGAGAUAACUUUGAAACCAGAUGAACAAGAUACCACGGCUGUAGGGGUAAAAACUUCCAUUGCUAAAGAACAACCAGCAGACGCCAUAAGAACUGACACAGUUGCCUCAAAAACAGCUGAUCAAGGUAUGAAGCCUGACAGCGUUGACGCACAUGUUCCAGCUAAAGGGACAGGUGAUGCAGAACUGACUGACAGCAUUAGCCCACAGUCCAAAGGCCCGAGCAGAACGGGCUCCCGCUCUAAAAGACGAAAAGGUAGGGAACCAACCAGUCCCAUGAGCCCGAGUAGUGAAAACGAGCCAGACUGCUCUACAAGUAAAGCAGAGCUCACUGCAACAAAGCAGAAACAGGUGGAUAUUAAAGCCGAGGCUGCUUCUGCCUCCAGACAGCUCACAGAGGAAGUCUCAUUACCAUCUGAUAAAGCCCAAGGAAAUACAUCAGACAAACAGUCUCUGCCUGAUACCAAACAGAAAGCACUUAGGAAGGAUUUGGAGCUUUUAGACAAACAGAAGAAACAGUUAGAUUCUUCAUUUAAAAAGGAGAGUAUUGACAAACUGGCCAACAGAAAGGAGGGAUUGCCUGAACCGUCUGUCAGCAAAGAUGAACCCGAUACUGGUGCUCGUAGCAGCGGAACAAAGACACCUAUUGACAAGGAUCCCGUUAUUUUACCUCAAAAGGAGGAGAAGGCUGGGGGACACAGCCUCUUAUUCACACAGAGGAUGGAAAAGGACUCCAAGGACAGCAAAGAAACUUCAGCCUCCCCCGCCUCACCUGCAGUACAACGACCUACUAAGAAGAUGGAGCCACCUGUUGAACAUCCCAAAUUAGAUAAGGAAAUGCCAUCUGAAUCAAAAAGUAAAGCAAAAGAAAGGGAGGCAAACACAAAUAAUGACACAGAACUAAUAAAUCAGGCUGAGAAUAAAAUUGUGGAGAAAUUAGAAAAGGUUGAGGGUGAAAAAACUGAGAGGAAAAACAAAGAAAAACCACAGCUGCUCCCGCGUUCAGAUAAAAAUACCCCAGAGGCCAAGGUUGCAGACAGCAGACGAGGUAUCUCAGGGACAGAGGGGAGCACUGCUAGAGAUGAUGAAAGAAAAAACGCUGAAAGAAAAGAUGAGACACAGCUGGUUAAAGUCAUGACAAAACCAGAGGCAAACCGUGCAGAACCGGCCGCUCAGUCCUCGAAAAACACUGCCGUUACAUCAGACCUCCCUGCUGAAAAACAGCGUGUCAGACAGACUAAGACUACACGUCCAGAGACGACUCCUGUUUGUGCCGAUAGCCACACUAAUGAGGCCGCGAGUGUGACAAAGAGUGGGAUAGGGCCUCCUGAGCUGCAGACAAAGUCCACAAAAAGCCCUGGAACAGAAACAGAGCCAGCAGUGAUUGCAGCAGAACCACAGCCUCAUUCUGUAUCUGUGGAAAAAACGGAGAAUUCACCAGAUGACUCAUGUGCACAUGGAGCUAAUGAUGCUCAGCUCCCCAGCUCAAAGUCUAUUACCAAAGCAACUACAGCAGCUGAGAAAGUGGCUGUAAAAGCCGCUGAUGGCACUCCAUAUCUGAUAACUGCACAGACUGAUAAUAGAUCAGAGAAGGACUCGUCUGUUAAAGAGCCCACUCCUAUUUCUGUCUCUGAAUCUGCGAGCAGCAGGGGAACAGAGUGGGAUGAUGGGAAAAAAAGUUCAAGUGUCAAAUCAGGGCCCUCAGAAGUCAUAGUCUCAGGAGAAGGAGACGUGAUGAAACUAGCUGCUAGGCGCCAACAGUGUGAGGAAUCAAAAAAUGCAGAGAGCACAAGCGAUAUCAUUUCAGUCAAGGGCACAAAAAAAAUAGCACAGAGCGCCUCUGACGGUGCCGCAUCAAGCUCUGCAGUUACUGUGGUAGGGAAGACAGCUGAGAAAACAUUCCAAUCAAAAACAAAUGAACUUUCACCUGUUGCUAACGGUGAUAUCUCUGCACUUCCACAACUCCACACAGUCAAAAAGGAAGCGGUCACUAAAAAGCAAAGUCUGAAAGCACUUACUUCCCCACAGGCCAAUAAGCCGUUCUCAGAGCAGCGUUCAGCCAUGAAGAAGCUCCAUUUGCCACGGGGACUGAGCAAAGAUGAUUCCGCAACACACCAUGACGCCCCCUCUAGCUGGCUGGAUGUAGACCUGCCUAAGAAGAAGCUUAAACUCCCACCACCCAAACUGACCUCUUCUGGAAGUGAGAGCAAUCUUUUGGACGCUUCUAGUGAGCUAGACGACGCCGAUUUCAUUGAGAGAAUCAAGAACCUCUGCGCCCCGUUCUCCCUCCCGCCACGUAAACACAACCAAUUUCGGCCACCUCAGCCGCCAUUCGCCAUGCCCGCCAUCAAAGAGGUCGGCAUUGAGAAGACCUUUGACCCAGAGGAGUUUAAGUUUGGCUUAAGGAAGAAGAACAAGUUCACUGUGGAUGCAGCCCCGAGCUUUUUAGCCAUGCUCCAGAACAAGGAGACAAAAUCAAGCCUGAAGCCUGCCAGGGCGAGCUUGGCAGACAGGAGCCUGCUGCUCAGCAGCCUGGACACUCACUCUCGCCUCAGGGACAAGAGCCCCGCCAAGGAUGAGGAAGGUGAAAAGAAGGAGGAGGAGAAAGACGAACAGGUCAGAGUGAAGUCUCGCUUGGAGGGGAGCUGCGUCCUCAGCAGCCUCACUUCCUCCAUCUUCAGAGGGAAGAGGAAUGGAGUCCAGGCGGAAGGCACCAGCUCCGGGGAUGUGUCCCCCAGUGAUACCCCUCGGCAAAGCCCCCCGCUGUCAAGCCCGACUGCCACAGCUCCACACAAAAACACACAGGCCCUUGGCAACAGAGAGGAAGCCCAGGCUGCGGAGGCUGUGGUCAGUGACUCAGGCCCUCCACUUCCCUCCUUUAACGACAUCAAGCUGCCGGACUAUUUAGAGAAGUACCUCCCCCGAGAUCCAGCAAAGCCAGUGCAGAGCACACAAGGACAGGAGCAAGUCAAAACAGAGGUUAAUGGAAAAAUGAUAACUCCCGUCUCUGGAGGUGAAGAAGACCUGGCUGUGAAACCAGCUCCGGUGCUUCCUGAUGCCGUGCCUCCAUCUUUUCCUGAUAUUACUCCGAUCACACACCCUGCAGUCCCUGAGCUCAAGCAGCCUCUGGCUCAGCCACAGGGAAUACUUAGAAAAACUAUAAGAACCGCCAAGGGAUUUCACAAGCGCCCAGGAAAGAUGGUGUUGUUCGAGAAAGCUCAGUUCAGCGGCCAGGCGCAUGAGAUUUACAGGGACGUAGCAGAUGCUACGUCUCUGCAGCUCUCGCCUCUCAUAUCUGUGAAGGUUGUUAGAGGAUGCUGGGUGCUCUACGAGAAGCCUGACUUCCAGGGACGCACCAUCGCCUUGGAGGAGGGGGGCACUGAAUUGACAAACGUGUGGGCAGAGCCUGGGCCGGAGACAGAGCCGCAGAACAACCAACCGAUGCGGAUUGGCUCGAUUCGACUUGCUAUCAGGGAUUACAGCCUACCCCAUAUCGAUCUGUUUACUGAACCGGAGGGCCACGGCAGAGUAACACCUUACCAUGAUGACACAAUAGAGACGGGCUCGUUCGGCAUCCCGCUGAGCACCGCUUCCAUCCAAGUGCACUCCGGGGUGUGGCUGGUGUUCAGCGACCCAGGGUUCCAGGGCAUGGUAGCUGUGCUGGAGACAGGAGAGUAUCCUUUCCCAGAGGCCUGGGGCUUCCCAUCACCCUUUGUCGGAUCUCUUAGACCACUUAAAAUGGGUGGUUUUAAAGUGGAGAAUCCCAGUGAAGUCAAGGCUGUGGUGUAUGAGAAGCCUGGUUUUGAGGGCUCCUGUUUGGAAAUCGACAGUGACGUUUUCAGCUUUUGUGAGAGCGAAGGAGACGUUCCUAAUGAUGGAGCAAACCUUGACUCAACAAAAAUGAAGUCUGUGGGUUCCUUAAAGAUCACUGGAGGACUCUGGGUGGGCUACAGCGAGCCUGGGUUUGAGGGCCAGCAGCACAUCCUGGAGGAAGGAGAGUACCUGGACUGCAGCGACUGGGGAGGCUCAGAGCCGAUUCUAUCACUGCGACCAGUUCUGGCUGACUUCAUGUCGCCGCACCUCAAAAUGUUCAGCGACAGAGAUUUUGGCGAGCUGGGAGUCAACAUUGACGUGUCGGUGCCUGUUAUUAACUUGGAUGACACGGGCUAUGGAGCGAAGACGCAGUCAGUCGACGUCAUCCGUGGCGUCUGGGUCGUGUUCGAAGAGCCAGGCUUCUGUGGUGAGAGCUACAUCCUGGAGAAAGGCCUGUAUGGAAGCCCGGAGGACUGGGGCGCGCUGCAGCCCAGAGUUGCCUCAGCUAUGCCGGUUGUGCUGGAUGAUUUUGAGAAUGCCGCCAAGUUCAAGGUGCAGCUUUUCUCUGAGCCAGGUUUUCAAGGCUCUGUCCUCCCUCUGGAGGACAGCGUGGCCUCCCUGCCGGACGGCAUCUCAGUGGCCUCUUGCAAGGUUCUGGCUGGAAGCUGGCUGGCAUUUGAGGGCCCAGACUUCACUGGCAGGAUGUAUGUGUUAGAAGUGGGGCGCUACCCAGACCUGAGAGCGAUGGGUUGUGUCAACGCGAGUGCCUCCAUCCUGUCACUACAGACGGCUGGCUUUGAGUUUUCGCUGCCAUCUAUCACUCUGUUUGAGCGGUGUGAUCUGCGGGGGAAGAGGGUGGUCCUGACAGAUGGAUCGGUCAACCUUCAGCUGGCUGGAGGCUGCAGCAGGGUCCAGUCUGUGGCCGUGGAAGGAGGCAUGUGGGUGUUAUAUGAGGGAAUCAACUAUCGGGGGGCUCAGAUUUUGCUGAAACCCGGUGAGGUGCUUGACUGGCGCAAGUUCAGCAGCUGGAAGAAAAUUGGAUCCCUCCGCCCUCUCAUACAGAAGCAAGUGCAUUUCCGUUUAAGGAACAGACAGACGGGGCUCAUGAUGUCAGUGACCGGUGAUUUGGAUGAUGUCAAGCUGAUGCGGAUCCAAGAAAUGGAGGAGACCGACGGGUUCGAGCAGAUCUGGUUCUACCAGAAUGGACAUCUCCACUGCCAGCUGCUUGAGGAGUGCUGCCUGUGUCCCAGCGGCAGUGUGACAAUACCAGGAAGCCGCGUGGGUCUCAUCCCAGAGCUAGACAGCGAAAUCCACCUGUGGAGCAUCACCCCCGAGGGCUUUAUCCGGUACACCCCCACCCCUGAUCUAGUCCUGGACGUCAAAGGGGGCCUUCACUACGACAAAAACCACGUCAUCCUACAAACACUUGAUCCUCAUAAACUGCAACAAAGGUGGGACGUGGAGAUUAUAUGAAAACCGUGAACUGCUGCUGAACUGGACUCCUAAUAUUAUUAUCAGAAGAGCAGCUCUGCCGGAGGCUCUUAUGCAGCUGCAGUACGAAUGCUCAAGGGCGAGGUACAUCAUUGGAGAUGCUCAACCUCUGCUGCAGAAGGGCUACAAUGAUUUCCAAUGAGGAGGUCAGCGCGGAGAGCUGUGGAUAAAUCCAUAAGAAUGUAUUGCGGCCCAGAGCGAGUCUGAACUCGAUGCUUCAUAUUUUACACUUACCCAGCAAUAUAUCCCAAGGCUUAUAUUUUUUGUCUUUUCGUACAAUAAAUCUGUUUGCCUGAUGUCAAUUAACUUAAACAGUGUUAACACUUUACUGUGUUAUAUAUAUAUAUAUAAAGCUUUAUUUU